UGCCCACUAAUGGCUGUCUCCCUUUUCACUGCAGCCCUCCCCAACUCCCAAGCAGCCAGGGCCCAGCAGAGAAGGCCCCAGGGCACAGGGCUGGCUUGCUGCUAGCAACCUGAAAGAAGGAGUUAAGAAGGACGGGCUGAUGGCCGCAAAGACAGAGCUGUGUUUACCCAGGAAAAGAGGUCGUACGUAGGCAACGGAGGCCCCUGCCAGCUCCUCCCAGGACUGGGCUGGGGUAGCAGGCUGGAGAGGAAGCUGCUCGCCUCCGGGCUCUGAACGUCGCCGGCCCACCGGUGAGGCCUGCACUCUGGGCGCCUGACCGAGCCUGCUGCCGUGGGCUCAGACUCCCAGGCAGAAAGUCGGAACAUCGCGCUCCCUGAGGCCUCCACCUGAGACGCUGGGUUUGGACCGUCUCGGCCUCGUGGAACUCGGCCUUUCAGACCCCCACCCCACCGCAUGUGGCUCGUGGAGAAAGCUGGCUACCAGGUGGGGGCCGCGGAGCCCAGGCCCCGGUGGGCGCCCUCCGGCCUGUUUCCUAAGCGCCGCACCCCGUGCCCGCUGGCUCGCGCCUGCCCCAACGUCCUCACCCCCGAUCGCAUUCCGCAGUUCUUCAUCCCGCCUCGGCUCCCCGAUCCAGGCGGCGCCGAGCCCCUCAGCGGGCGCCGCCUCCCCGCGGCCUGUUGGCUGCCGCACCUGGCGGGCCGCGAAGGCUGGGCCUUCCUGCCCGAGAGUCCGCACACGCGCCGGCGCGAGUCUCUGUUCCACUCGCCGCCGCCCGCCCCCGCCGGGGGGCUGCCCCCCGCGCAGUGCAGGCUGCACGUCUCCUCCCCGGACCUGCGCCUCUGCCGGGCCCCCGACAGCGACGCGGCCUCGUCGCCCGACUCGUCGCCCUUUGGCUCGCCGCGGCCAGGCCCCGACCGGCCCCGGCCGCCCAGGCCGCGCUCGCUGUCCCCGGAGGAGGCGGGCUCGGCCGACACCAGCCCGUACGCGCCGCGCCGAGCGGCGCCGCCCAGGCCGCCGCUCUUCCACCUCGACUUCUUGUGCCGCCAGCUGCGGCCGGCCAAGGAGAGCGUGCUGCGCCUCGAGCCCCUGGGCGGUCAGCUGCGGCUCUCCGCCGAGUACCAGGCCUGGCCCGGGCGGCUGCGGCUGCGCCUGGUGAGCGCCGAGGGGCUGCCCGGGUCGCCGGCCGCCCCCGGGAGCGGCGGCGGCGGCUGCUGCGUGGUGCUGAGGCUGCGGCCGCGCGCCCGGGCGCGGGGCCAGCGGAGCCGCGUGGUCAAAUGCAGCGCCAACCCCAUCUUCAAUGAGGACUUUUUCUUCGACGGGCUCGGCCCGCCAGACCUGGCCGCCCACAGUCUGAGGGCCAAGGUGCUGGACAGGGGAGCAGGCUUCCGCAGGGACGUGCUGCUGGGGGAGUGUGAGACGCCCCUGAUUGUCCUGCUGCCCCCCAUGCGUGAUGGGCCAGGUCCCGGAGCCUCCCUGGCGCCUGCCCAUCUCAGCCUGUAGCCUGAGAGACUGUCUCUUCCUCAGGAGGACUCCACCGGGUCUGCAGUCCUCAUUCUUUCCAUCUGCCCGGCAUGUAUUUAUUUUUGCUAAUAAAAUAUCUGUUUGUCUCUA